AUGAAGCUCCAGAUAUCGCGGUCGCACCGGCUGGCAGCGGCCAUCACAAUAUCUGCUGCCUUCUUUUUCACCGAGAUCGCAGUUGGCUUUUACACCCAUUCCCUGGCUUUGGUGGCAGACGCCUUCCACUAUUUGAAUGAUCUAGUUGGGUUUAUUGUUGCCUUUACCGCAAUCAAGGUCUCAGAAUCCAGUAGUUCGCCUCAGGAGCUUUCUUUUGGAUGGCAACGAGCGCAAGUCUUGGGAGCGUUCUUUAAUGGCAGUCUAUUGUUUGCACUGGGAAUCAGCAUCUUCCUCCAGUCAAUUGAACGCUUCGUGACAAUGCAUCGUCAUCAUAGUCAUCAUGACCAUCGCCAUGACUCAGAAUUGGGAGUAAAGUCUCAAGAACAAAUUGAUCUUGAGAAGCAACAUGAGAUUGACAAUGAAGCCAAGCACCUUGGUCACCGGCAUUUGGCGCAUAAAGAAGCACCCGCACACGGAGGACACGACCUGGGCAUGAUGGGUGUUUUGCUCCAUGUUCUCGGUGAUGCAGCCAACAACCUAGGAGUAAUGAUUGCAGCAUUGGUUAUAUGGCUGACUCAAUAUGAGGCAAGAUUCUACGCUGAUCCUGCCACCAGCCUGGGCAUUGCUGCUAUGAUCAUGCUGUCUUCUAUUCCCCUCGUGCGACAAUCCGGUCUGAUAUUGCUUGAAAGCGCCCCGAGUGGACUUGACCACGCAGAUGUGAAGCACGACCUCGAGAAGGUUCCUGGCAUCCUCGCCGUCCAUGAGCUGCAUAUCUGGCGUCUCAGCCAGCAUAAGAUUCUCGCAUCGGUGCAUGUUGCUAUAUCAGACCACUCGGUGUCUGAAUUUUCAAGCCUUGCUAGCGUAAUAAAGCAAUGCUUCCACGCCUACGGAAUCCAUUCUGUAACUGUCCAGCCCGAGACCGCGACUCCCGCAAACACGGGGGGUCUGACGCACCAGCAGGAGGGUGAAAAUGAACCGGACUCGCCCCCGAAAUACACUGACCAAUGCCAGUCCAAAUGCAGCCCUUUGUGCAAAGAGCUGGCGUGUUGUGAAUAG